AUGGUUGAUAGAGCUGGGCGUGGGCUCGACACUCCUCAUCCCCUCUGCUCUCUGUGGAAGCACAUUGUUCAACGCGGGCUCAUUUUACCCAGAACCAAUGAAUGCCUUGGUGCAUUAUAGCUACUGAAAAUUAAACACGUUAUCAGAUAGAAUACGGUGCAGAUGCUAAAGACGGCGGGAAGCGGACCAAGAACAUUUUGUUUCCUUCUGAUUAACCUUAACGUUACAGCUGAGAGGCAACAGAGUUGAAAUAUUUUUUUCUUCUUCACCGGUAGACGAAACGUCGCUCUUGUCGCUAAUUAGACCUCUGCUUGUUGUGAGAUAGGGUGGUGUGGAGGAUGUGUGCUAUGGCGUCUUCCGUUGAUCGUUUGGAACGGAAGGCAAACUGUAAUGGGUCCACUGUGCUGGGUAGUGAGGAGCAUAUGUAAUCCUUGACCAGGCGUUCAAAGCAUUUCAUCACUACGGAGCGGUGUGUGUGUGGUGAGCAGCAGCGGCAAAGAUGACGGAGUAUAAGCUGGUGGUGGUGGGAGCUGGAGGUGUGGGCAAGAGUGCACUUACCAUCCAGCUCAUCCAGAACCACUUUGUGGAUGAAUAUGACCCCACCAUAGAGGACUCGUACAGGAAACAGGUUGUGAUUGACGGGGAAACCUGCCUGCUGGACAUCCUGGACACUGCAGGUCAGGAGGAGUACAGCGCCAUGAGGGAUCAGUACAUGAGGACAGGGGAGGGUUUCCUCUGUGUCUUCGCCAUCAACAACACCAAGUCUUUUGAGGACAUUCACCAGUACAGAGAACAGAUUAAACGUGUGAAGGACUCAGACGAUGUUCCCAUGGUGCUUGUGGGAAACAAAUGUGACCUCCCGGCACGCACGGUGGACACAAGGCAAGCCCAAGAACUCGCCCGCUCUUACGGCAUCCCUUACAUCGAGACCUCUGCCAAAACACGACAGGGAGUAGAGGAUGCCUUCUACACACUGGUUAGGGAGAUCAGACAGCAUAAGCUGAGGAAGCUGAACCCACCUGAUGAGAGCGGUCAGGACUGUAUGAGCUGUCGCUGUGUGGUAUCGUGAUGCAGCUGACUGUUGCACGUUGAGGAAAAAUGCUACAGCGCGUAGUGGCAGCAUGGACUUAAAGAUAGGAAGAUAAAACGACUCAAUGAUGAAAUAUAAACUUUUUCAAAAAGAGGAGGAUUGAAGCAAAAGCUCUCAAGGAAACCACCAGAGCUGACUGAACCAUAGACCUUCAUGGAAAGGAGGGUUUGGACUGUUGCCUAAGUGGCUACCUGAAAUAGCCCAGUCCGGCCCCUUUUUUUGGUCCACACGUCGACCUGUGAGCAACACCACUAAUGACUCUUUGUCAACUCCAGUGUGGUCUAGCUGGGUAGCUCAACAAGUUUCCUGCUAACUUAUUGUUUUCAGUCUCAACACUGGUCUUAAAGGGGGUGUUUCUGACCUCCUCCCACCUUGAAAGCCUAAUUCCACCCCACCCCCACCCCCUGCCUGCCCACUGGAAGGACUGACUGACUUAAAUGGAAAGGACUGGAAUGGACCUUUAGUUGCCCAAACACCUCUUAUAAAUAAUCCCCAAUCCCACUCUACCUGCCUUUGGUUUCCCCUGAAUGGCUGUGUAGUCCCUUCAUUUUACUGGAUACAGGGGGUGGAGGCUGACAUGGGAAUGACUAUAAUUUGUUGUCGUUGUUUGUAACAGUUAGCCUAGCUGUACAAAAUCUUUGAUUUUGUUUUUGAUGUGGAACAUUUCAUUUGUGAUUGCCGAAUUUGAAAGUCACAGAGCAAUAUGUGAGCAAGGGUUUAUUAUAGAUAGGCACCUGGUUUUGACAUUUUUCAUGACCUGCCUGACAUAGUUGGAAUUCCUUUUGGGAUACAAAUGUUGAAUGGAGAACAGAUUGAUGAAUUUCCAGAUUACAGCUGCCUUCUCUCCUUACACAUGUUUUCUUUGCUACAGUAAGCGUUGUCUUUGUGGAAUAAUAAUAGUAAUGGCUAGUGUACGUAGGUUCUGGUGCAAUAGGAUUCUUUACUGUCCAAUUUACACAAAUAUUUGGAAUAAUCCACCUCUCAUUGCUACUUGUUUUACUUUUGUCAAGGAAGGAGGGGUACUGUGCAUGGGCAUGUAGUUGUUAUCUCUCUAGUUGCUAAAGCUGGAGAGGUGGCCUGUAGAAAUGGGAGGAAACCCCUGCACUUGUACAGUUAUACAAUGUCUGGUUAUGGUUUUAGACUAAAUGACAACCAGUUGAUUUUUUUUUUUUUGCAUUUCAUUAAAUAACUGUAUGCUAUAGAACUCUUAUUUACUACAUUGUGAUAACAGCAUUUUUUUUUUAGAUUGCCAAGAAUCACUCCUUGUGGAUAAUAAGGCUCAGGAAUCAGGGUCCAGGAAAGUCUCAGCUGACAGUCCUGGAAGGAUGUCACCAGUUAGCUUUGCUGAGCGUAACACACAAGUCCAGCCUCAGAAUCGAACUUCGUUUUUUCCACACACCAUACUAUCCUCAAACUGCGUCUCUUUCGCUGCCACCUCAGCUCUUCAACGGAACAAUAACAGGUCAGGUGCUAACCAUGUCAGAACCAUAUUUACUGUGUAUGUGGGACUAUUGUGUUUACUAGGCGAUGGAUAUUGGGUUUUGGGAGUGCAUCGCUUUGUUUCCUAAUAGUGACUAGCUUGUGCUCUCCACAACUGCAUUCAUUUGCUGCCUAAAUGGAAAAAGACUGCUAUGUGUUUACUUUGCCUUAUCUGUUAGCUAGUUUGUACCUCAUGUAUGCAGCGAGCUCUACCUGAGAAUUAUGUUUUCUGUUGGCUGCAUUUUGUUUGUAUGACUUUGUGUGCAACUAAAAUCAAUGUAGAAGUGUGUUGAGUUUAGACAUGCGCUGUAUAGCAUUUGAAAGACGAGGCAAGUCCCUGAGAACACUACACUGAUUUUUUUGGGGUGGUGGUUGGGGUGGGGUUUGGGGUUCUGUAAUGGCAUGUGCAUCUGAAUGUGAUUCUGUUUCACGAGACUGGAAACCAACGCAGUUUUAGAGCCCAGUAUAAGCCAAGUUGUCUAGCUCUCAUGUUCUCAUGUUUCAGUCCCAAUACAUUGGAACAUGUGAUGGUGAUUACUAGACAUUGUUACUUUAAAUCCAGAUUGUACUUAAACAAGUCAGAGAAUUGGACAUGCACGAUAAUGUAUGGAGUUCCAGGCACUACAGGCAGGUUUUGGCAACGAGCUUCAGAUGCAGACCUCAAAGAAAUCUCAGGCCACUUCCAUGAAAGAAUGUCUCCUUUCAAUGUAAACAAAAUGUUUGUCUGACCUAAUUGAUUUUGUACAGUUAAAGUAACCCUUUUCACUCAAAACAUGGCUUAAAGAAAUAUGAUCGGUCUAGUUACUGUGUGGAUGGUAGUGGUCAAGUUGUUUUUAUCAGUUAAGUGUUCAUUUCUCUGCUUGGAGGGAGGAAAUGAACUGUGAAUGUGUUUUACUCUUUAGAUAUUAUUUGAAAGAAGCCUGGUGUUUAAAAUGUACAAUAUGCAGGAGUUGAUCCUCAGUCCCACUUUUGGCUGUGUUGUUCCUAACUUUUAUUUUUCACCCAUUGUACUCAAACCUUUUAAUGGAAAAAAAAAGAAAAGAAAAAAAGUGUGGCGUUUGUAACCUGUAAUUACAGUCCUAAUAGUAUGCUUGUCCUCUCCCUGUCAAUCUGUAAACAGUACAUCCAUGAUAAUUAUACAUAGAAUUCCACAAAUCUAUGUAUUCAAAUUCCCCUGUUAUUAGAAUAUCGGCGUCAUGUUGCCACAGGGAAACUCCAGCCAGCGAACCACAAGUAUACAUGUCAGAAAACCUGGCGAGCAUGACAAAGACUGUACGGACCAUUGGGAGUUUUGCACAAGGAUACAGUGGGCUCAAGGGCUUGUUUCUCCCUUGCAAACUGUGGAUGGAGGUGUGGAAGGAAUUUGUGAAAAUGUCAACUGUUUAGCUAUUUAAGAUGUAUUUACUCUUUGAAAAUGUGGCAAGUGUAUUGCGGGACAGGAAUAAAGAUGUCAAGAUGAAA